CCGUCUGUGGGGUGUGGGAGGAGGGGGACAGGAGCUAGGGCAUCUUGGGCUUGGAUAGGUUUGGCGGUGAGCCCCGGUACACCUAGCCCCUCCCGUCCGGUCCGCUACUCCGGUACCUGCAGCCGCCACCACUUUUCGAAGAAUCUCAGGCGUAGCGGGAGAAGGAAGCGAAAGCCAUUGAGAAACCGGCUGGAGCACGUCUGGGAGUCAGACAGGGCGAGGCGGGCCCGAGAUGAUGCUGAGCUGGGAACUCCGGAUCCUCUUGCUCCUACUCUUUCUAUUGUGCCACACUCCUCCAGGCGAUGGCAAUGAAGGUAGCAUCGCUGGCAGUUGUCCCUGUGAUAGAAGAAUUUCUUCCCACUCCCCUCCUAACGAUCAAUACAUGGGACAUCUCCGAAAAUACCUGAAAGUCUAUCAACGCUGCUCUUCCUACAUCAGGUUCCAGCUACCCUUGGGAAGUGUGUGUGGAGGCAGCAGUGACCGGUGGGUCCAGGAACUGAUGCGCUGCUUUGAUCGUGAAGAAUGUGGACGUGCUCACGCCAGGAGUGUGGCCCGCCAAGGACAUGUACCUCCCCGCAGCACGCAGGUUCCUGAGCCCACAGAAAAGACACCUUCAGCCACGGGCACCCCCUCACAGAAGUACCUGCCAUCCACCCUGCAGCCUACCCAGCAGCCCAUCUCUCCAGAAGGAGCAACUUUGUUGGACCAAAAGCUCAUCCACACCAAUGAGACUACCACUUACACUUUGGGCCACCGUCUGGGGGCAAGGCCUGGGGCCAGGGGGAACCAGAGGCAGCUGGGAGAGAAUGUGGGUCCUGCAGCUGGGACAUCAGCCAUGGUGCCAGUGCUGUCCCUCUUGGGCAUCGUUUUCCUCCUCACUGGAGCCCUGCUCUACAUGCUGUGCGAGAAGAGGAGGAAGCAGUCACUGCAGUGUCCUCCAGAUUUGCACCUUCAUUAUGUGCGUGUGGCAGCAGACGCCAAUGCUUAAAGAAUGGAAGCUUGUGAGGGCAGAUUACGAUUUAUUCAGUAUCAAAUGCAGUUAAUAUACUAGAGCAAUCCCUGGCACGUGGUAGUCACUCUCCACAUAUUUGUCGAUGUUUAAUACACAACUAACCAGCCACUGCCCUCUCUUAGACGUUCCCUCCUUUUUUUUUUCUAUGCUGUAAUGUAAAAUCACCUCUUAUACUAGAUAUCUUGUACAAAUUCUAUAUGUGGAUUUUUUAACUACUAAAACUUAUUUUUAUAA